UCAAUUUAUCAACAAAUGAUUAUUGCAACUGGGUUAGUACAUGUAGAGAUUUCGGGGUGUGGCUCUUGUUGCGUUUGACGUUCUCAUGGCUUCAGAGGGUUCCUAUGUCAAGGGGAGCCUUUACAGACUGGAGGAACCGGGACUAGAGUGCGGAAUAUGUUACGAAUUACGUGUUUUACUGAAAUCAGGCGGAUAUUGUGUUGACUGUGAAGAAUAUAUAUGUGCAUCAUGUUUGCAAUUCCAUUGAGGUUUCAAAGCGACAAUACACCAUAAUGUGCUUAUUAAAGAAGCCUUGAUAAAUCAUUACACGAUUCAGAAUAAAAUGAAAGAUAUAAAGAUAGAAACAUGUGCAAAACAUAAUGAAGCCAUAAGAUUUUAUUGUGUAAAUCACGAUGUUAUCAGGUGCAGCAUGUGUAAAGUACUUGGUCAUAGGUUAUGUGUCGAUAUUAAGUAUCUUAUAGAUAUUCUGAAUGACGAAGCUGCUGGGACUUCCGGAUCACAUCAAGAACGAGUCAUAAAACUUUUGAAUGAAUUGCAGGAGAACGUUGCCUCAGAAACAAAUUCCAAAGAUUUAUGGGCAGGAACAACCGAUCUUCCGAAAGCCAACUCAGUCGUGAAGAAUUCUACAACCAAUACGAGGUUCCCAACUCCCAUCGGUAAUGGGCAAGUGAUUCGAAGUAAGCGACUGUAACACGAGUCCCCUCUCGCACCCAAGUACAUAGAUUACUGGUGGCGGCUAUAAAUAAACUUAUAUACAAGCAAACGACAAUAUCAUAAAGUACUGCAUAUACAGCAACCACAGCUGUGUAAGUUCAAUAAAGGCACACAUGUAGUCAAUUCACGGACUUUGCUGGUACUAAUAAACUUUGAUAAUGUGGCAGUUGAGUCCAAUAAGUCCAGGGGUGUUCAAAGAUAAUCCGUCAUAGAUCUAUUGUAAAGCAAAUAUUGGAUUUACCUGUAUUGGAAAAUAAACAGUGUCAAUUGGAUUUAGGUCAACUGCCACAUUAUCAAAGUUUAUUAGUAUAUUUCAUGACAUGUACGUACAUAAAUAUUUUCGUUCUCGUAGUUCGAUUGCGAAGCGUUAGAUUACCAUAUAAUUGGAACGUGUAAACAAACCCAGACUUAAUUUCUUUAUUAUGUCCUUUUUCCAAACAUAUGUCGGACCCAUUAUUGUAUAAAUAGAGAACGAUAACGAAAAAAUUAUCGGAAAAGUCGAUUAUGUCUUUAUUGGUAAUUCAGGGGUUUCUUUAUAGUCAAUACGAUUCAAUAAUAGUACAACUAUUUUGUCACGUAUAAUGGUUUCACUACCCGAUUCCCCUUUUCUCAAUAGUAACAUUAACAUGUUAUUGUUACAAAUAACAUGCGAGAGUAGUAAAAUCUGUAUAAACCGAUAUAGACUGACCAUAUGUGUAUUGCCAUAACAUACAGCCAACAGCCAGUUCAUGGAAAUAAUACCGGCGUCCGCCAAGACAGGUGCAUCUGUAACAUAUAAACAUUUCUUUUUUCUUUUUUCAUUUUUUUUGCAAUGUUUAAAUGUGUAAUCCAUAUAUACCUUCUUUUCAAAAUAAAAUAGUUAGUUAAAUCACAAAGCCUUAAAGGUUAUGUUAUGUUUGAUUAGCUAAAAACUUAAAGUUAUAUCCAGAUUGUAAUGGAGCAUACACUUAAUCAACCCGGAAGACAUUAAGGUUUAAUGAAAGGAGAUGUUUUUAAAUCAGAUGAGAAAAUUAAUACACUCAGUUAUUUUUAAAGGUG